AUAAUUUCAGUAUUAGCUCCGCGUCCGGAUGGCGAAACGAAGAGGGAAGGCGAAACAUCAGCCCAAUCCUCCUCGAGACGAACGUCAUCCUGGUGUCAACCACUACCGGAUAAAAUCCCCUAAAGUAUAUUCCAGCUACCCUUAUACCAGCUACGAACCUCACGAGGUUGGGUGUUUCCAAACCGAUAUUGAACGGAAUGUUCUACCAUGUAGUUCAGAUAUGUUCCCCCGGUUCGAAUCUAACAUCAACCUUCCCAUCGAUCUGAAUGAGGGGUUAGAGGAGUAUUAUGAGAGGAAAGGUAUGGACAGCAACAGAUUGGCCAGCUCUCUGCCUUUAUGGCAGAGAUUCUUGAAAUGGAUCACCAUCUCUGAUUUCGAUUUGAGCUCAGUUGAUUUUGUUGCAAGACGUGGUAUUCUGAAAUACAUUGGACACACUUUAUACGAUUUUUACAAAACUCCGUGGCUGUUCAAGGUGUGUAAAUACAACGGGAAGAUCUACAUGUAUGAACCCACACCAGAAGAUCGGUGUAAGUCCAUCGUAAAGAAGGAUCCACAGUGCAGGAAGUACAUGUACUGGGGUAAGAAGUUCGAGGAUACAGUGACGUCAUCAAAGGAGCAGAUGAGCGGGAGUUACCGGAUGGUUCGUAGCAAUGUCGGGAGAUACAAAGUGCUGCUGGGAGCCGAGGUGGACGCUGUUAGAGUUCAGGAACGUGAGGAAUCUGACGAUGUUGUGAUCGAGAAAGUUCUACAAGGGUGUGCUGACUGCUCGGUUGAGCACUGCAAACUUCUCAACCGGUGUCGCUAUUACUCCUCCGACAAUGCUACCGAGCUCAUCGAGAUUAAAACUUGCGUCAAACGACAGGUGAAAAACAAGACUUCCUUCGGUUGGCUUCAAUCCUACCUUGCUGGUGUGAAAACCUUGAUAUUCGGUUUCCGAGAUAACGAAGGUUUAGUCCACUCAAUGGAGGAGUACAAUGUAAAGGAAGUGCCCCUAAAAGCAGAUUGGGACGGAGGUGCCAUGUUUGGUCUGAUCAGUGGGGUUCUGAAUUGGUUGAACCAGCAUGUUGACGAGGGCUGUUCUGGCACUCUUCAAUAUUGUGGUGCAGAAAGACACGCCAUCGAGUUCAGGAAAAACGAUCAUGAAGGUCACUUUCUGCCGGAUUGGUUCACGAAACAUUUGCUAAGUAAAGAGAAUAGGAUGAAAUCAGCUGACCUGAAUGGAAGUUUUAUGUAAAUAAUUAUUAUAUGUCUUUGUUAUUUGUUUUUUAAUACCGCCACCACAACCUUUUGUAAUAAUUCAUUUCAUGAUUCAGGAAAUUUUAUGGCUGCAAUAUCUUCUUACUGAAGUCUCCUGCUGACCCUCGAAAAGUGAUAUAUUCAGAUUUCAUGUCAUGCUUGAGGCGGGUCCGGGAAGCUCAUUGACAUUUUAAACCCGCGACCCGAGUGUGCCCAAAAUUUCGUUUCCCAGAUUUUCUGUUGAUGCUGAGGUUUUAUUAACGGGUCGUUCACAUAUAACGUAAUCAAUUUUUGGCAAAUUGAUUACCCCUCUCCGUAAUCAGUUUUACACAUAGCUAUUGUGUCAAAAUUACACUAGCGUUAUCAUUUGGAAACCCCCCCUUCCACCCUCGACUGAUUACGUAAUAUGUGAACGAUCCCUAAGGGUAAAAAUGUUGUAGAAGGGAUUCGGGUUUUGUAAAAUGUAUGGUUGAAAGUCUGGGUACGAAAUUUUGGACAAGUUGUCAAUGAGCACUUCCGGCCUCAAGGAUUUUGUGGCCAUAUAAUUUUCACCAUGAACUGAGGUGUUUUAAAAUUUUAUAAUUAAAUACAUUGGAUAUUAGUAAAUGUAUCGUUUGGGGAAAUCUGAUUUUAGCUUUUUAGAUUCUAGGCAUAAUCAUCAUUAUUUUAAGGUCCGGGGCUACUUGUAGCAUAAAGUGAUAUAAUUUUUACGAAUUCUGAUAUGCAUAUUUUUGAUAAAUUUCGCCUUAUUGUAUCUUUGUAUAGACUUGUUUAACCUUCUUUAAAAGUUUAAGUUAUGAUCGAUAUACUAAAUGUAACUUUAUUCUA